GUGCAGGCAGGCGGAGGACCCCGCGGGCGCACCCGGCCGGGCGAAGGGGCGGCGGCGGCGGCCUCCGAUCUCCCUGCGGGGCCCCGCCCGCCCCGGCAGGAUGGCGGCGUCGGCCCUGUACGCCUGCACCAAGUGCACGCAGCGCUACCCGUUCGAGGAGCUCUCCCAGGGCCAGCAGCUCUGCAAGGAAUGCCGGAUUGCACAUCCUAUCGUCAAAUGUACUUACUGCAGAUCCGAGUUUCAGCAAGAGAGCAAAACGAACACAAUUUGUAAGAAGUGUGCUCAAAAUGUGAAACAAUUUGGCACGCCCAAACCUUGUCAGUACUGUAACAUAAUAGCAGCGUUUAUUGGCACAAAGUGUCAGCGUUGCACAAACUCAGAAAAGAAAUAUGGGCCACCCCAGACGUGUGAGCAGUGCAAGCAACAGUGUGCUUUUGACCGCAAGGAGGAAGGAAGAAGAAAGGUUGAUGGGAAGUUACUCUGCUGGCUUUGUACUUUAUCAUACAAGAGAGUUUUACAGAAGACUAAAGAACAGAGAAAGAGCCUGGGAUCUUCGCACUCAAAUUCCUCUUCAUCCCUUCCUGAGAAAGACCAGCAUCAUUCGAAGCAUCACCACCACCACCACCAUCACCACCACCACCACCGGCACGGCAGCAGCCAUCACAAAAUCAGCAAUCUGAGUCCAGAUCAAGAGCAGGGACUAUGGAAGCAGAGCCAUAAAUCCUCUGCAGCAAUUCAGAAUGAAACUCCAAAGAAAAAGCCCAAAUUGGAAUCUAAGCCAUCAAAUGGAGAUAGUAGCUCUAUCAACCAGUCAGGAGAUAGUGGGGGAACAGACAAUUUCGUCCUCAUCAGUCAGCUGAAGGAAGAGGUAUUGUCUCUGAAGCGCCUCCUGCAGCAGAGAGACCAGACCAUCCUGGAGAAGGACAAGAAGCUAACAGAACUAAAGGCAGACUUCCAGUAUCAGGAGUCAAACUUAAGAACCAAGAUGAACAGCAUGGAAAAAGCUCACAAAGAAACCGUGGAGCAGCUGCAGGCCAAAAACAGAGAACUUCUCAAACAGGUUGCAGCAUUGUCAAAGGGUAAAAAGUUUGACAAAAGUGGAAGCAUUCUCACAUCCCCUUGAGAGUAGCGGUUUUUUUUUUGUUUGUUUGGUUUUUUUUUAGUGUUUCUGCUGGGAAGUGUCCAUUGGGAAAGACUCUUGAGUCCUUAAAUUCUGCAUAGUGGAAAAAUAUUUUUACACACCAAGUGACUUGGCGUGUUUCCUGUUCACUUUUGUAACUACUAUACAGCAUUUUUUUAAGUUGUAAAACAUUCAGAUAAAACUUCAGCUGGUUUGAAGUAACUUUUUAAUUAUUUGAUAUCCAGGAACUAUUUUGCCAGCAAUAGUAUUAAGCAGUUGUCAAAGAGUGCUUGGACAGUGCUCUUUAUCAAGUGCAACAUGCAAUAAAUAAUAAAGGAAACGUGGUUUUAGGAGGGCAGAGAGUAGGGGUUGGACUUUAUCGUUUGUUUCACACUAUGCUGACUUGACAGUUUUCAAUUUAGAAAUAUGAAAUUUUUACAUAAGGGAAAUGGUGAAAACACUUUUGGUAAUUGUGUUUUUACUUUGCAUUAACAUGAAUUAAGAGAAAAUCAUGGUGCUUUUAUUAAAUGAAUUUCAGACUAUACUCUGUAAAUAUGUUUUUAAAACUACACCAUUACAUGAGCUAGUAAAAGUAGUAUUUUCAUUAUUGGUAGAGGAAUUAACGUUAUUGUACAGUAUCUGAGGUAAGGUGUGUCUGUUUUGUAUAAACUACUGUAGAUUUUUACUUACAAGUGCCUCUUUGCCACCUAAUGUUUUUAUUUAUAGGAAUGCUAAUCUUUUGUACAUAGUUUGUUUUAAAGUCAUGUUGAAUAAAUGUUUGUAUAUAAAUGCAUAUGUACAGAAGCCUAUUUCAAAAGGAAAUCAGAGUUGCUAGAAAAGCGUUUUCAAUUGCAUUCAGAACUGAUUGUGCAUAUAUAUAGACUCCGGAUGGCCCUGAGUCCUCACUCUGAUCUGAGCCAUCGGCCAUGGGAGGCGUUGAAUCAUGUCAUAACUCUCCCCAAAGAUUUACGUUUUUAAACCUGGUUUGGUUUGGUUUUUAUCAUAUGGCUUCAUGCUUAUACUUUACAAAUCACAUGUUUUGCUUCAUUUUCCUUUUAUAAGAAAUUUUAAAUUUUGUAGAUUUUUU